GCCACUUUUCCACACGAUACAGACUGGAGCACUUUUCCUUUUACAUUUUCUCAUUUGAAUAUAAUGUGAUAUUUUAAUGGUUCAACAAUAAUACAGACAUGGCGAAGAUUGAGAUUCUGUUUUUCAUUGUCUUUGCCGCUCUUGUGUGCGCAAGCGAGUCGGAAGAAGGUGAUCAAAAGAAGAGAGGAGCAGGAAAACCCACCAGCCUAAACGCUAUCCCUACCGGGGCGCAGAAACCAGAGUACACCUAUAACAUCUACUCCAGUCAACCCUCGCAGGGCCAGUCAACCACGUACCAGUCACAAGUACCAAACUCCUUCUACCCGAGCCAGAGUUCCCAAUACUACUCCCCAAAUACUCAAACAGAACAAUCGCCGUAUCAACAACCGCAGAAUUAUCUGAUACCACCGACGACAUCGUCACAAUUCGUCCCACUAAACUUCAUACCGAACCCUGGUUACCAAACGAAAUAUCAGCUAGUGCCGUCAAAGACAGCCAAUGGUAACCUUCAGUUAAUCCUUCAACAGCCUCAAGGCUACCAGCAGCAAGUGCUGCAAUAUCCCCAAACAUUAUUAUCUCCAAGUCCAGGUCAGUUCCAACACCAGGGUCUCUUAAACCACAUCCCUCAAGGCCAUUACAAUGUAGCCCCGAACUACCAACCUCUGCAGCUCGGGAACUCUUACUUCGGGCAACCUUCUAUGCUGUUGUUAGCUCAACCCAACCCAUACAACAAUCUUGUUUACCCUAACAAUGGCCAGGGGCUUUAUAAUUACUACCCGAAUUCUCAAACUAAAUAUGCGUCAUCGUACCCAUCGUCUUACUCAUCAUCUCCGCAGACAUCAGAGUACGAAAAAUCACAGCCACCUGCCCAGCAGAGCAUAGCUAAAGAAGACAAUGAGAUCGGAAUACACAACAACGAGUACUCCUCCCCGAGUGAUACUAGUUACAAGAACGCAUACGCGACUAGUCGCAGCUCCUCGUACUCCAAACUAUAGGAACGUCACUACUUAGCCAUAAUGUCACAUUCAUAGAAUAGUGUUGCCAUUGUACGUCAUUAAACUUAUUUAUUACAAGACUGUCCAUUAGUGUAAGUGGUUAUUGUUGAUGUUUAUUGUUGUUAAUAAAUUAUGCAUGGGUUGAAA